UCUGGGGGGGAUUAUCGCAGUGUGGACUUGCUCGUCAGGCCGCCAUUUCUUGGCAUCUCCCGAGGGGCUCCCAUUCCUCAGCCUCGCUCGGUGUCCGCUGAGCCGUCGUCCCAGCCCAGUGACAAAAAUGCUGAGCUUCCUCCGUAGAACACUUGGGCGUCGGUCAAUGCGUAAACAUGCUGAGAAGGAACGACUCCGAGAAGCUCAACGAGCUGCCACACACAUCCCUGCAGCUGGAGAUUCUAAGUCCAUCAUCACGUGUCGAGUGUCACUUCUGGAUGGUACUGAUGUUAGUGUGGACUUGCCGAGAAAAGCCAAAGGUCAAGAGCUGUUCGAUCAGAUUACAUACCACUUGGAUCUUAUUGAAAGUGACUAUUUUGGACUGAGAUUUAUGGAUUCUGCACAAGUAGCUCAUUGGUUGGAUGGUACAAAGAGUAUCAAAAAGCAAGUAAAAAUUGGUUCGCCCUAUUGCCUACAUUUUCGAGUUAAGUUUUAUUCCUCAGAACCAAAUAAUCUUCGUGAAGAGCUCACCCGGUAUUUAUUUGUUCUGCAAUUAAAACAAGAUAUUCUCAGUGGAAAAUUGGAUUGUCCCUUUGAUACAGCAGUUCAGUUGGCAGCUUAUAAUCUGCAAGCUGAACUUGGUGAUUAUGAUCUUGCUGAGCAUAGUCCUGAACUGGUGUCUGAGUUCAGGUUCAUGCCCAUUCAGACUGAAGAGAUGGAGCUGGCUAUUUUUGAGAAAUGGAAGGAAUACAGAGGUCAGACACCAGCGCAAGCUGAAACCAAUUAUCUGAAUAAAGCCAAAUGGCUAGAAAUGUAUGGGGUUGAUAUGCAUGUGGUCAAGGCUAGAGACGGGAAUGACUAUAGCUUGGGAUUAACCCCAACAGGAGUUCUUGUUUUUGAAGGAGAGACCAAAAUUGGCUUAUUUUUUUGGCCUAAGAUAACCAGAUUGGAUUUUAAGAAGAAUAAAUUAACCCUGGUGGUGGUAGAAGAUGAUGAUCAGGGCAAAGAGCAAGAGCAUACAUUUGUCUUUAGACUGGACCAUCCGAAAGCAUGCAAACAUUUAUGGAAAUGUGCUGUGGAGCAUCAUGCCUUCUUCCGCCUCCGCGGCCCUGUCCAAAAGAGUUCUCAGCGAUCAGGAUUUAUUCGGCUGGGAUCACGAUUUAGAUAUAGUGGGAAAACUGAGUAUCAGACCACAAAAACAAAUAAAGCAAGAAGAUCAACAUCCUUUGAAAGAAGGCCCAGCAAACGAUAUUCUCGAAGAACUCUGCAGAUGAAAGCAAGUACGGCAAGACCUGAAGAACUCAGUAAUGUUUCAACUCAGAGUAAUGGUUCCCAACAGGCUUGGGGUGUGAGACCUACUCUGCUUGUGACUCCUUCUAUUCCAUCUGGUCCUGUGCUGGUGGAGAUAGAGAACCUUCCAAGGAGUCCUGGAACAGACCAGCAUGACGGGAAAUGGCUCUCUGCUGCCAGUGACUGCAGUCAACGUGGUGGAAACCAGUGGAACACGAGGGCUUUGUCCCCACCCCAGCCUGUACAUAGAAACUACACUGACUUUGUCCAUGAGCACAGUGUGAAGAAUGCAGGAGUCCAUCAUGAUGUUCAUUUUCCCAACCAUGCAGCCAUGACUGAUAUAUGAGUGUUAAGCCUCUUAGGCAUUGGGACUCUUUCUCAUGAAAGUGAUGGAAUACGUUCUCUAGUGUUUAUAGAGGUUUGAUCACAUUAGGAGAAUUUGGGAGAUUAUUUUAUAUUGAAUCACUAGUUGUGCGAUGGUUUUAGUAACUGAAUUCUCUGAAAGGGAAAAGGAUCUGAGGAAGCUCUAUGCCAUCAAUGAUAAUGACAAAUGUUUCUGUGUGAAAGGGUAUGUAUAUCAUUGUAAUUUUGGAAAGAUUUUUCCAAACCUUUAUUUUAACAUGUUAACAUAUCACUCACAAGGUGUCCAGGAGAAGGUUUGUGUUUAUGAACAAGCUGCCCAUUUUCACGCCACCCUGUGCUAUCCAAAUAGAUGGAUGUUAAAAGUCUCAGACACAUUAAAAGCACACUCACAAGGUACCAUGUCCUGGCAUGAUAUCAGUCUUUAAUGGUAUUUUUUCUAAAGUGACCCAUGCCUUAAUUUCAGUUAAGUGCCUGAGAUUUUAUACUUUUAAUUAAUAUAAUGUUUCAUUAAAACAUUUUUUUAAUAAACACAAGUAUUUUAAUUUACCAAAAAGGUCUAGAAAUCACAGUAAUGUAACUCAUGUAGAGAGAUAAAUCUGAGUGGCCCCUUUGCAUGAUUCAUCAGUUAACCAAUGGUUAACUGAACGAUUCCAUUACUACUGAAUGGUUGUACAAAUUGAAAAUGUAUUUACUUUCGUCUUCAAGUUUUUCUUUUAUCUCAUAUAACUGAUAGAUUUCCCAGGUUUGCAAUAGCCUCAUAAUCUGGCCCUGUACAACCUUUAAAAUAAAAUUCUGAAGCCAAAACUAUAUCACUUUUAAAUGGGUUGUAUAUAUUACUAUUUUUGGUCCUUUAUGAACUCCAGAAUGCAAUUGUCCAAGCUCUUUGGUGUGAUUCAUAGAGGCAAAAUAAUGAGAAAAAGCACAUAUCUGAUGUAAUGGGAACUAAUAAAAGGGAAGCAUUUGCUUUAAUUUUUUUAUAGUUUUAAAAAAUUUUAACAAUUUUCAGACUUUUGAACUAUAGUAAUUUGAAGAUACAUUAUAAUUUGAGAAUUUAUAAUACUUCAAAAUAAUGAAGCUUCAUUAUCAACAGCCUAACCAGCUUAUCAUCCUAUUCACCGUCAGUCUUACCACUCUCUCCUAGAUAAAAAUAAAAGUUUCAGAGAGCUUUUUUAGUGGACUAUUGGUUGCAAAUAUAAUAUAACCUGUUAAUAGAAGACUUGUUAGCAAAACUAAAUAUUUGUAGGCAGUUUUUCAUCAUACAUGUAAGGCAUGGAUGGUCAAGGUAUUCAUUAGUGCUUCCUCUAAAUAUGAACAGAUCUAUAUCUUAAAUAGCCCAGCUCCCCACUAUCAUUAUUUUGUGUACUUAAAAAUGGCCACUGCCCUGGCUGGUGUGGCUCAGCUGAUUAAAGUGUCAUCCCAUAGACUGAAAGGUCACGGGUUUGAUUCCUGGUCAGGGCAGAUGCCUAGGUUGCAGAUUUGGUCCCCUGGUCGAGGCACAUACAAGAGGCAACUGAUCAAUGUUUCUCUCUCACAUUGACUUUUCUCUCCUCUCUUUUCCUCCCUUCCCUUCUUUCUAAAAUCAAGCAUGUCCUUGGGUGAAGAUUAAAAAAAAAAUGACCACUAGUGUGUGUCUCUCCUAGUUAUUUUAGACUUGAUGUAGCUCAGGUUAUCAUUGUCAAGUAUUGUUGAUGGUGGUUUAUUUCUUAAAAGAAAGGAAUUUAAGUCAUAACAUUUUAAACACAGAAACCCUGGUCUGUGCCAUUCAAGAAAAGACUUCAUGGGUGUGAAUAUGAUUAAGAACCUACCAUUUCUGUAAUAGAAACAAAAGAGGCAUAAUAAUAACAAAGCUUUUCUGAUCUUUUAGAAAGUCCCAAGGCUUAACUUCUCUUACUUUAAAAUUAAUCUUAAAUAUGAAGGUCAGUCUCAUAGGAUUCUUAGCAGAAUCCUAACUGUGGGAAAUGCGGGAGGAUUGUCAUUAGAGAGUAAGAUCUUCAGUUUAUAUUGAAAGUGGUCGUAUCGAUACUUAACAAUUUGAGUUAAUACUGUUAGAUUUAAGUAAAAUCACAUCAUGAUUUUUCUUCAAAAACCUUAUUAUAUAAUAGUUCAUUUGUAAAUUCCUGAUAAUAGAAACUGGAGGGAUGAUGGGGAGAGAAGGCAGCAAAGGAGGUGGAGGGAAGUAAAGGGAUAAGACAGGGUAGUAGUAGAACCAGAUUUGUCUAUAUUACAGAAAUUCCCAUAUGGUCAAGGAUUUCAUGUCAAAUAUUGUGAAUACUUCUUGCUAUUGAUAUUUUUAAGAUGGAUAUUUAUUUUUCUAGAGCUAUGAAGAGUUAAUAGGUAGCUCAACCUAAAUUAAAUAUAUAGAGCCUACUUAAACUCUGUAUUUUAUUGUGCUUAAAAGGCCAGUGAUCAUACAUCCUAGAUUAGGGAACUAAUAUCACUAUCCUUUUAAUCAGAGGAAGCUGUCACCACAGAACUUCAGGAUCAUGUGAUCCAAUUUCCUUGCCUUGGCUAAUUUUAUUUAACGUAACUAAUUUUCACAUCUUAAAUUAGGUUAUGCUUUAACCUAAUGGUUAUUGAAAGGAAAACUUACAGAAACACAGCCAAGCUAGUGACCUUUCCACUUCCACACAUGAAAAUAAACGAGCUUUUUAAAAAGGUCAUUAUUUCUUUUGCUAGUAAAAACAUCAGUGGUGUUACCUAUUUCUGAUAAUAAGCUAAACUUUCUGACCUUGAUAGGGUAAGCACAGAUAUACUUUUAAAUGAAUUUACAGAGAAAAACAAACUAUUUGCCCUACUAUAUACAUAAUAUGUCUAUAUUUUAAAAAGCAGCUAGCAUACAUUCUAAAAUUAUAAUAUCAGUAUAAUUCAAAUCAUCUUUUUUUUGAGAGAGAGGGGGCUUUUUAAUUUAUUUAAAAUGCUGACCCAGAAAAUUUUAUACACUUGGGUGAAUCUUUAUUGUUAAAAUUGUUUGUGAUGUAAUAGGUGCCAUGUACAUAAGUCAAAACAUAAAACUAAAGUGUCUCCUGAAUGGAGGGUGGGGCGACAGCUUGUUUCAUAAGGUAAAACAAUUAGCUGAGCCCUAAUUAUGGUGAUUUCUCUUUAUUUACUAGGUUUUUGCAUUUUUACUUGCUUAGUGUGCUAAUAAUUAUUUUGGUUAUAAACUUUGCUUUGUUACAUUUAUCUACUGUAAUAUGUCAUGCAUUUCAUCUUUCUCUUGCCAAAAUGGGAAAGAGAUGAAGGGGGGUAAGGAGUGAAGGAGUAUGGUGUCUUUGGGUUUCAAGUGGAAGAAUGUUGUGGAGAUGAUUGGCUUCACAAGCAUAAGAAGACUAAUUAUCAACUUUGAUUCCUUUAACUUCCAUAUGUAUUCACAGAGGUAAACUGAAAAAGGUGGGAAAUGAUUGAUUUUCCCCCAUUAGUACAGCUUUCUUUGAUGGUGGAAGUGGUAAUCAUUUGAACCAUGUUACUUUUAACUGUUUUGGUUGGGACAUACUCUUAAUUUCUAAAACAUAGUUAUUGCUUUGAAAGGCCACUAUUUUUUGUCUUAGACUUUGAAUUUUGGGUUUGAACAUAAUAUCAAGUUCUUUUUUUAUAUCCUUUGUAUGUAGGGCUUGCAAUAUACAUGGAUUUGCAAAAACAAAAUCAUCUUGCACCAGUAACACUUAAUCUUUUUACCACCACAUAUUUCCUAU